AUGAUCGUCACUUUUGUGGAAGCCAUUGAGGAUAUGUUAAGGGGAAUCAACGUAGUGAAUUUGGAGUUGGACUUAUUGAUUUUGAUACUUUACUUUUACCUGUGCAUUCCCUUGGGAAUAGUUUUCAAUUCAUUGAGAUGUAAAAAUCAGAGAGUUUUGUACAAUUUAUUCUUUGGCUUAUUUUUUACUAUGAUCAUCACUAAGGAAUGGUUCAUAUACAUUUUGGCAUGGGCCAUCUUAAUUUACUUUGUUGGCAGAAUGUUCAAAGAUCCUUAUUACCCAAUAUUUAUCGUUGGAUUCCUCAUCAUGUCGUACUGUCAUGUGUAUAGAUUGAUGUAUGAUUACUUGAGUUGGAAGAUGGAUUAUAAUUGCAUCCAAAUGAUGAUAACAGCUCGUUACAUAUACUACGCAGUUGACAGGUCCAAAAUCAAAGAGCACGAUUCCUUCCUCAUGUUCCUAUCCUACAUUUUUAUGUAUCCCAAUCUCUACCUCGCUCCUCUUCCCUAUGUAAGCUUCGUAAACCUGAUCAUUCGUAAAGAAGAUUUCACUCAUUACUCAAUAAAACCUGCCCUCAUUAACUUGUUCAAGGCUAUGUUGUUUACGGCAGGCGAAUUGUUCAUAAGGCCUAAAUUUGACACGGAGGUCUACUUUUCUGAAAACUGGACUCAUUACAAUUUAAUUCAAAAACUGUGCAUCACACAAGCAGUUUCAGUGGUAUUGAGAUUUCAAUACUUUACUGCCUUUAAACACUCCCAGGCAGCCAUGGAUGCAUUUGGAAUUACAUAUAAUCCAGAGACGAAGAAAUGCGAUAGAUUUCCAGUGGCUGAUUAUCAUUAUGAUAUGGAAAAGAAUAUAAUGAAGAAAACGAUGAUGUGGAAUUCGAAUGUGUAACUUUGGUUGAGGUAUUGCUUCUAUGAUAAACUAAACCACUUGUUUGGGUCGCAUACAUAUUAUGUUACAUUUUUAAUCAGUUGUGUUUGGCAUGGGUUCUAUAUGACUUAUUACUUGUUCUUUGUGUUCUGGGCCAUCAGUGUGUAAAUAUGCAAAUACUUCUACAAGGCUCAAAGCAAAUUCUAUUUCAUCCCUGAAAAGAUCAGACAUGCGAUUUGCUGGUUCUGGAGUUGCAUGACGAUUGACCAUUUCGCCACAGGCAUGAAGGUGCUGGAUUGGAACAAGGCUAUUGAGUUCCAUCAGAGUUUGAAUUGGGUGAUUCACAUCCAGGCUUUGGUGUUGUUUGGGUUCUUUGCGAUCACAGGGUUCGGACAAUAGAAGACGAUGAAGAAGAAGGAUUGAAUUAUAUUGAAACAAAAGUAGAAACUAAAUACAAUAAAAAA